GAAGUUGGGGGUCCCAGCGGACACUAGGGCCCCGGACUCCGGCGUCACUGUGAUCCCGCGGAAGCCUGCUCCCUGCGGGCCGCCUCCUCUGGGGCUCCGCAUCGGGUUUCCAGAUUUAUAGCAUGGCUAACCAUUAAUGGAAGGAAAAGCAUAAGUCUUCUGUCGUCCAUUAUGGAGGCCGGUUUAGCAGACGGAGAACCCGACAGAUCUUCGCUUCUUGGUGAUAGCAGAGAUGUCCUUGGGCCAUCAACUGUUGUAGCGAACACUGAGGAACCCCAGCAUUUGACCCCGGGAAAGAUGAGUCAGCGCCAAGGGAAAGACGCUUACCCUACCCCAGCCAGAGACCUGCAGCAGCCCUCUCUCAGCCCCGCCAGCCUGCACAGCCAGGGUUUUGAAAGAGGAAAAGAAGACAUUUCUCAAAAUAAAGAUGACUCUUCACUUUCAAUGUCAAAGAGCAAGUCUGAAUCUAAACUUUAUAAUGGCUCAGAAAAGGACAGUUCAACUUCAAGUAAGCUCACUAAGAAAGAGUCUCUUAAGGUCCAGAAGAAGAAUUACCGUGAGGAGAAGAAGAGGGCCACGAAGGAGCUCCUCAGCACCAUCACAGACCCCUCUGUCAUUGUCAUGGCUGACUGGCUGAAGAUUCGUGGUACCCUAAAGAGCUGGACCAAGCUGUGGUGUGUGUUGAAACCUGGGGUGCUUCUGAUCUAUAAAACACAAAAAAAUGGUCAGUGGGUUGGAACAGUCCUUCUGAAUGCUUGUGAGAUCAUCGAACGUCCAUCAAAAAAGGAUGGCUUUUGUUUCAAGCUUUUCCAUCCUUUGGAGCAGUCUAUUUGGGCAGUGAAGGGUCCAAAAGGUGAAGCAGUUGGAUCCAUAACUCAGCCUUUGCCUAGCAGUUACUUGAUUAUUCGAGCUACUUCAGAGUCAGAUGGAAGAUGCUGGAUGGAUGCUUUGGAGUUGGCUUUGAAAUGUUCUAGUCUCCUUAAACGAACAAUGAUCAGGGAAGGGAAGGAGCACGACCUGAGCAUUUCAUCAGACAGCACACACGUGACUCUGUAUGGCUUACUGCGUGCUAACAAUCUCCACAGUGGGGACAACUUCCAGUUGAAUGACAGUGAGAUUGAAAGACAGCACUUUAAGGACCAAGAUAUGUAUUCUGAUAAAUCCGACAAAGAGAACGAUCAGGAGCAUGAUGAGUCUGACAAUGAGGUGCUGGGGAAAAGCGAAGAGAGCGACACAGAUACGUCAGAGAGGCAAGACGACUCCUACAUCGACCCGGAGCCAGUGGAGCCUUUGAAGGAGACCACCUACAUGGAGCAGAGCCACGAAGAGCUGGGGGAGGCAGGUGAGGCUUCUCAAACGGAAACUGUGUCUGAAGAAAACAAAAGUCUUAUCUGGACUCUCCUCAAGCAAGUCCGUCCCGGCAUGGAUCUAUCCAGGGUGGUUCUUCCUACGUUUAUUUUGGAGCCUCGUUCAUUCCUGGAUAAACUUUCAGAUUACUACUACCAUGCAGAUUUCCUGUCUGAAGCUGCUCUGGAAGAAAAUCCAUAUUUCCGUUUGAAGAAAGUCGUGAAGUGGUAUUUGUCAGGAUUUUAUAAGAAGCCAAAGGGACUGAAGAAACCAUAUAAUCCUAUCCUUGGUGAGACUUUCCGUUGUUUAUGGAUUCAUCCCAGAACAAACAGCAAAACUUUCUAUAUUGCUGAACAGGUGUCUCAUCACCCACCGAUAUCUGCCUUUUAUGUCAGUAACCGAAAAGAUGGAUUUUGCCUUAGCGGUAGCAUCCUAGCUAAGUCCAAGUUUUAUGGAAACUCAUUAUCUGCGAUAUUGGAGGGAGAAGCCCGGUUAACGUUCUUGAACCGAGGUGAAGAUUACGUCAUGACAAUGCCAUACGCUCACUGUAAAGGAAUUCUUUAUGGCACAAUGACACUGGAGCUUGGUGGAACUGUCAGUAUUACCUGUCAGAAGACUGGAUACAGUGCGGUACUUGAAUUUAAACUAAAGCCAUUUCUAGGGAGUAGUGAUUACGUUAAUCAAAUAUCAGGGAAACUUAAAUUGGGAAAAGAAGUCCUAGCUACUUUGGAAGGCCAUUGGGAUAGUGAAGUUUUCAUUAACGACAAAAAGACUGAUAACUCAGAGAUUUUCUGGAACCCAACUCCUGACAUUAAACAGUGGAGAUUAAUAAGGCACACUGUCAAGUUUGAGGAACAGGAUGAUUUUGAGUCAGAGAAACUCUGGCAACGAGUGACAAAAGCUAUAAAUGCCAAAGACCAAACAGAAGCUACUCAAGAAAAGUAUGUUUUGGAAGAAGCUCAAAGACAAGCUGCCAGAGAACGAAAAACAAAGAAUGAAGAGUGGGUCUGUAAGUUAUUUGAACUUGACGCACUCACAGGAGAGUGGCACUACAAGUUUUCAGAUACCCGGCCAUGGGACCCACUUAAUGAUAUGAUACAAUUUGAAAAGGAUGGAGUUAUCCAGACCAAAGUGAAGCAUCGCACUCCAAUGGUUAGUGUUCCAAAAAUGAAACAUAAACCAGCAAGGCAACAGAAGAAAGUGGCAAAAGGCUAUUCUUCCCCAGAGCCCGACAUCCAGGACUCAUCUGGAAGUGAAGGUCAAUCUGUAAAACCAAGUACACGAAGAAAGAAGGGGAUAGACCUGGGAGACAUUCAGAGUUCCAUUGAAUCUAUAAAACAAACACAGGAAGAAAUUAAAAGAAAUAUUAUGGCUCUUCGAAAUCAUUUACUUUCAAGUACACCUGCCACAGACUAUUUUCUGCAACAGAAAGACUACUUCGUCAUUUUCCUUCUGAUUUUGCUUCAAGUCUUAAUAAACUUUAUAUUUAAGUAGAAGUUCUCAACAGUUGAGUCAAUGAACUAGAAAGAUUAGAUGUGACCUGGGACCAAUGUUCAAAUUGGUUUGCUCUUUAUUAAAGCAUCACAAUACUUCUGAAUCAAACAAAACUAGGAGAUAAAUGUAGAAAUGUCUGCCUACUUUUCACAUCUUUUAUCCUUAGCCUGAAACAAGAGCUACUGUGUUUGGUUAUUACAGUCGGCUGUGUGUUAAGUGCCAGAACACUUUGAUGAGACUGUGCCUCCAUGCGAGUAUAGUAAACCCACAUGUGUUUACUAUCCAAGAGCUCUCCCUGACAGCGGUUCCUGUGUUCUGCAGUGUGCCGAGACGUGUUCUGAUAACAGUGUUCAUAACAAAGAUGCCGUCACUCCUAUACAUACAGCUGUGGUCAACUAUUGUCUUCAGAAGGUCGGCAUAUAGCUUUCACUAGGGAAUUACAGUGGGAAAAUGAUAGAUAAUAGACAUAUUAUGAGUAAUUCAAUACAUUAUACGGUUAAAACCAUCUCCAAGUUAUCUAGCUCAGUUUGUCUUCUUAGAUACACCAAGAAAAAUAUGUGGGUGAUCAGAAUUAAUAUAUUGUAAGGGACAAGUAGAAAAUUUUUAAGAGUUUACACAAGAUUUUCUAACCCCUAGCAUUUAAUGUUACAGAUAUAGGUGAAUACAUAGUUAUAUAUAUACAUAUAUAUCUCACUAUUAAAGACUGGUAAGCAGCUACAUGGAUCUAUAUGUUACAAUUCCACCUUAAGCACUUGGUGAAAAAGGAAUGGUCAGUGGUGUUUAUAUAGGUUAUGUGAAAUCCUGAAGAUUUGAUGUUUUCUUUAUGAAAAACUUUUUAGCUUUCAUUUAGACACAGGAGUGUUCAAGGAAUAAAUAGAAGAGAAACGUGUAAUAUCUUACUUCAAAAGUCAAAACAGGUGGUAAGAAAAGACUGCAGUGGCCUUUAUUCUAAGACAUUAAAAUCAAUUUGCUUAAAUGUGCAAUAAGUUGAGCAUUGGAGAAUAUCGAGUUGUGAAGUUUAUCAUCUCCUUCCAUCGUCCUGUGGCAAGCCACAGUUCUGUACGAGUCUUUCUGUUCCCGCUCAGGCAAAGUUUGUUCCUAAGAGGUUUUGCCUAUUUACUCAGUUUAGUAUUGUGUUUUUGCAUAACUAUUUAUUAUUGUCAAAAACACUUCUUUAAAAGGUUUUGAAAUGUCAUAAAAUGUAGAUUCUUCAAAAUACAGGUUUUAGAAGAGUUAUUAGAGUGGCAACUAAGAGAGAGCUGUUGGUCUGGCUACAUCUGCCUUCGACUCAGAAGAGACUGAGGUACAAGUACGGCUAGCUAGGCAGCCCUGUGCUGCGAGAUGACAGCUACAUUGCUAAACCUGAAAGCCUCUUCUUUCUAACGACUAUAAGUAUCCUUAGGUUCCUAUGAAAAGCCAUGUCCAAUGUGAUGUUAGCAAAACAGUGCUGUAUUUCAUAUGAAAAUAUUUUAAACUUUUAACAGCAUAAGCAAGAUGUACCUGUAUCCAGUAUUUCAUUAUGGAGUUUUGGGUUAUAUUUCAUAUUUGUCAAUAUAUUGUUUGUAUUCAUAUUCUACUACCAAUAUUAUGCUCAACUGCCUAUUCAUUGAUGUGAUAUUUUGUAAAUAUUGUACAACUUGAUCUUUAUAUGAUUUUAAAUUACUAUUAAUUUAUAUUAUAUAUAACUUGAUUGGUUGAUCACUAAAAGUCGUUUCAUUGUUAAACCCUGAAAUGUUAAAUUGUUGGUGCCUUAGGGCUUUUUCUUAAUCCUUUGUGUUGUUUGUGAUCUGAACAGUGCUUUAUUUGUAUUGAUAUCCAAGACUGGAAAGGUUAAUUGUUUCUGUUUUUUUAAUUUCACUUUAGAGCUUAUGUUAAUGGAUCCUUACCUAAGGAGUCAGAAACUAAUGAACAGGGUGACUGUUUCUUAUACACUAAAAGCUAAUGUUCAAUCAAAUGCUUCUCUGAUGCUUUUAGUUGUAUGAGUUUCUUUCUGUGAACUGAACACAAAACUCAGGAAUUGGUGGAUUCAUAUGUAAGUCCUUUAAACAACAUAUAGUUGAACUUUAGUUUAGCCAGUGUGUGACUGACCUCGAACAAUCUGAUCUAAAGGUUAACUUUCUUCAUAAAUGGAGUCAUAAUGUGUGUGUGACUCACUGUUCCAAACUUGCUGAAAAUUCAUUGUGGUUUCUAGGGUUUGUGACUAUGACCAGUUUUUCUUUCAUAUAUCUAAAACUUCAUUUUCUCACAUAAAAAUUUAGAUAAUCACAAUUAUUGACACAUGUGGUACAGCAAUAGAUAUUUAACUUGUAACUCCUAUCACUACUGUUUUUUAGUAUGACUUAGAAAGGGGCAUUGGUAAUCUUUGUCACAGCUCAGUUGACAGCUGCAUUCCAUUGAAAAGUUGGCCUUGUGAGAUACAAUCCUCAUUUAAUAUUUCAUGCUUUUGUGCCUUUAAGGAAAGAUUUUUGUUAUUUUUUUUGUUACAGAACCAUAAUGUGUUUCUAGCUUAUUUGUCAUAAAAGGGUCAUUUGUCUGUGUCACUUUAUUUCCUUUUAUAUAGCUGAAGAAUAAGCAGUGCUGCUGUACUUUUAUAAGGGUUUGUGUAGAUAACUAUUUCAAAUAUAUUCAUACUCAGACAUCAAUGAAGUACACUUGUCAGAUCGUUCUGAGUAUUGUAAACAGUGCCUUUUUGAUGGAAUUCACACUGUUUUGGGUGUCAUCUUGUGCCAUAUUCACAGAAUUUUGUGGAAGGCAGUUUUAACUUUUUGAAGAAUAUCUUCAUCAAAAUUUUAAAAAACAAAUGUAUAAAACUUCAUCUUUUUUGAGUGUUUAGCAUUUCUAGUCAACAGUAAAUAGUUUGUUUUUGUUUUUGUUUUUUGUCUUAUUACAGGUAUGAUGGCAAAGAUGAGCCAUACGGGAGAAUGUAGACUAUUUUGAAUUAUGUUAAAUAUAAAUAAAGAAAUGUUCAUGUUUAUAUCAAAUUUUCCAAUUUGACCUAGUGAGAGGAACCUUUCAUAAUUCAAUAUGUUUACAUUUCAACUUCUUUCUUAUUUGAAUAAAUAUAAAAAGAGAUUCUUUAAAAUGUACAACCUGCCACCACUGCAUAAUUUGGUUUCAUUUUGUUAUGUAUCGUGUGGGUUUAGUAUAUCCAGUUUUUGUUACAUUUAAAGUACGAUUUUGUUACAGUUUUUAAUUGAAGAUGGACUGUUAACAUUGUACAGGACCAGUGUCUUACUAAUAAGAUUAGCAUAUUUAGCGAGAGCCACAGGAAAACCUUGACAAAAAUGAAUGUGACUAUACUUUAUGAAGUAUUUAGAAAAAUCAGCCUCUUUAUUUAUCAUAAAAAUUAUUUUAAUAUCAUAAUAUUGAAAUUCUUUAUUUGAAAAAAAUGCCAUGAACCAUUUCAAUGAUGAGCCACAGAACCUCAGUUGAGUUUAUUUCCACUUUUGGCAUGUAAAAUAUACAUUUAAUUUUAAAUACUUCAGUUAAUGGGCUUAUAAAGUCAAGCACUAGCACUGGUCAGUUUUGUAUGCUAGGUAUAAGUGUGUUGUCACCUGCAGUGUAAAUAUAGCACACUGUUGAAUUCUCUUAAGGUGCAUAGUAAAUGUAUAGAUAGUCACAGGCGGUUUUGUAAUGUAUACAUUUCUAAUCUAUUAUUCCUAACCUAUUAUGUUUGCAGGGAGAAAAGAAUUUUUCUAAUGAUCUGUAAAAUUAUGUUAACUUCUACGAGUAGGUAUUCUAAAUAAACUUUUUUAAAAGAGCAA